CGCUGCAUAAAAAAUCGCCGCAAAAGCAUUUGAGAAGUAAAUUAUCCCAAAUGUUAUCUCGUCUCGAUAAUUCCAAUAUUCGACAAUGUCUUGAUAUAUAUACGUGACCCUCUUUCUGACCAACUUUUUAAAAGAGUUUUACACAAGGAUUUCAUUAGUGAAUCAUUUUUGGUCUUUUGUAAAAGUGUUUUGUAAACAUUUUCUUUCCUACUCAAGAAGAUUGACAUCAUCCACUAGUUUUUUUUCUCAGAAGUGUAUUCUGAGGAAUCGCAUGCUCGACUCAAAACAUUAGCAACAUAAACUUCAAUGUGAUGGUUUUUUAAAUAUGGUCUUCUCAAGUGGUCUAUGGUAUUUAUAACGGAAACGAGAGAUAGGUUCAACAUCACGUCGUGUGGAACUGCGGUAACUAUAUAAAUUUCAUAGAUAUUAUAAUAAUAAAAUCACAUUUAGCAUCUAUAAUUUAUAAACCACAACUCUGAUAACAUCCAUUGAAACACAUGGAAGAAUCUAAAGAAAAACAGAACAGCAAUGACUUGAUUUUGAGAAAAGGAAGACGGAAGUUAAAAAUCUUGUUUUAUUGCCAUGCAACUGGUGUACAUUUGGCGAUAGCGACGCUUGUAGCGCUACAAACACUUCAGACGAGCAUUAACAUAAAAGAUGACAUAGGCGCUAUUUCAUUGACUGCGGCGUAUAUAACAUCCAUAUUUUUCGGAGUUUUCUGUGUCCCGGCAGUUCUACGUGUGUUCGGUCCUCAUGUAGCUUUAGUGAUGUCCGACGUUUGUUAUUUACUAUAUUGUUUGGCAAAUUUUUAUCCAGAUUUGGUUGUCCUGACAAUCGGAGGCAUAAUCAGCGGAAUCGCUCGAGCACUUUAUCUUCCAAGUUACACAAUUCUCGUUAUGCAAAUCGCUUCACAAUGUAUGGAAUACUCAACAACGAAACAAGAUGGAUAUUAUUUCAAUUAUUUUCAAAGUCGAUUUUAUGGGAUGGUUGAAGCUGCUUCGAUAGUUGGAAACAUUUUGUCUUACGCAAUCUUGUCAGGAACAAAAUCCGACUCAAGUUCAGGAGAACUUACAUCUGGUAACACUACAAUUUCUCCUAACGUUACAACACCUGGCGAUUUUUCAAACUCGUACCAAUACUGUGGAGUAUACGAUUGUCAAGAUCCAGGAGUUGUCGAGAACAAUAUAGAUCAGUACGUUCCCCCAGAUCAAAUGAGUGUAUAUAUAUUCUUAACUGUCGUUAGCAGCCUAUCGGUUCUUUCAGUUAUCAUGCAUGCUUUCAUAUAUCCGGGUCUUGGAACUUUUAGUCAUAAAUUGACCAAAGUAAAAGAGCGCGUGACCAACAGUCUUGAAGAAAACACAACAAAAUCUGACACUGAUUUUAACGUUGAUGAAAUCAGUGCGACAUCAAACAAUAACCAGAAAAAUGACGCAAAAUUUCAAAUAUAUGUAAAUGAAGGUUUUACAAACGACGAGAAUAAAUCAAACGGGAAUGUGGCGGAAUAUGAUGACACCAAUUCAAUACAGUUGUCCGUGACGUCCAUUGAAAGUGCAGAGACAACAAGUCAUGCAAACUACUGGUCGACUCUAAAAGCAACGUUUUUGUUUCUCAUUUAUCCUCGCUCUCUAAUGUUGAGCGUAUCUGCAUUUCAUUUUGGAAUGUUUUUUGGAUUCUGCUUUGCUGAUCUUACCAGAGCGUAUGCUUCUUGUGUCGCAGGAGUUGAAAUGACUGGCCUUUUUGCCAUGACAUUUGGAGCAGCGGGUAUGGUGUCCGCAUUAUUAUAUGGAAGACUGAACUUUCCAUACCGGCGAUACGUUAUUUAUGCGGGAUUGUCAGUGUUAGAAUUAUCGAUGUACGUUGCUUGCUAUCUAUGGAAUCCUAAUCCCGACACAAUAUGGAUGGUUUAUAUGAUGUUUAUAGGAUGUGGAAUUGUUAAAGGAGCCUACAGACAAAAUAUUGUUGAGACUUACACUGUACAUUUUCUACACAACAAAGAUCUCGCGCUUAGUGUUUACAAUGUCUGGUUUACGGCGGGAUUGGGAGUUCAAUAUGGUUUGAGUACUUUUAUGUGCGUUGAGACAAAACUAUACACACAAUUAGGUAUUUUUACGGCAGCAAUAAUACUUUUUGUUUUAGUUGAAUUCAUCUACAUGCGGGGCGAUGGUGUAAAGAAAAAUGAAAAGAACGAGAUUAAAACAAAACUAUAAAUGUUGGAACCAUCGAAUUUGCGAAUGAAAAAGGAAACGCACUGAGAAGAAAAUCGCUGUCACCACUAACACCGUUUUAUGAUUUAUACUAAUCAUCGUUCGACCGGAAUAAUGUUUAUGCUGUGUAAAUUUUUCAUGUUCAUAAAAUAAAUCUUACACUUCGCAUAUAUUGCACGCUUCACACGGCAAGAUUAUAAAAGACAUUGACAAUAAAUGUUUAAAGUCAACAUACGUGUCAGUUUGGAUGUUGUUUUUAAAGAAAAAUGCCACAAAUAAUGCAAUAAAAUCAAUAAAUUAUUACCUGCAAUACUCACCAAUUAUAUAGCGGAUUACAUAUUCUGGA